AUAACAGUUAUCCCGAGAUAUCUCUUUCCCAUUGCAAUUUAAGCUUAUCAAUUUUCAUUUAAUUUUCGGGCGUGCCUCAAUCUAAAUCUGCAGUAUCUUGUAAAACAUUUGUUUAAAUUUAAACUAAAUAUUAACAGAAGCUAAAGAAAAAUGUCUGAUGAUGACUGGGAAACAGAUGCAACUUAUGAGAACAAGCAAACAGAGAAUGAACAGCGAUGGGGUGGUAAGGAAGUGAUAAGUGAACGAGCCGGUGCGAUUGACAUGCGAAAGCUCAUUGAGGAAACGGAAAAGGCAGAUGAUGAUAAAAAGAAAAAGCUAGUUCAAGAAGGCAAUAUAACUGGAUCAAAGGGAUAUGGAGGCCGUUACGGUAUUGAGAAAGAUCGUAUGGAUGCUUCCGCUUUGGGACAUGACUAUAUAGGAAAAGUUGAAAAACAUGGAUCACAAAAGGAUUAUUCUGAAGGUUUUGGUGGGAAAUUUGGUAUACAGAAAGAUCGAGUUGAUAAAUCUGCGCUUGGUUUCGAUUACAAGAGCCAAGUUGAGAAACAUGAGAGUCAAGUAGAUCACAAGAAAGGUUUUGGCGGAAAGUUUGGUGUUGAGACUGAUCGAAUGGACAAAUCAGCCGUAGGAUUCCAAGAACAAGUUGGAAAGAUUGGAACUAAUUACUCCAAGACCAAGCCUGAUAUAUCAGGAGCUAAACCAUCAAACCUCAAAGCAAAAUUCGAAAAUUUAGCGAUACAAAAAGAAGAAGAAGCAAGAGAAAGAGCUGCACAGCAGAAAAAAUUGCGAGAAGAGAAAGAUCGAAUUGAUCGUGAGCAAGCUGCCAAGGAACAAGCUGCCAAUGCUUCUAAGGAACCAACGCAAGCUUAUAAACCUCAACGAACUGCUGUUGUCACUGGAAGAAAUGAGAAAAUCAGUGACGCAAUUAAUGUAUUCAAUGCACCUGUAGAAGAGAAACCUGUUGCGAAACAACCAAUUGUAAUUCCAAAAGCUGAAAAAACAACACCAGCACCAGCACCCGACAUCAUAUCAAGUACUGAGAUAAAAGAAACACCGAAGGAAGAGACACCACAAGUAGAGAAAGUUUGGGAAGAGCCUAAGAAUGAAACAAUCCAAGAAACACCACAGCCUGCUGUUGUUGAAGAAGAGAAGUUUCGUCAAUCCAUUCCAAAAGUUGAAAACAACGGAAGUAGUGCACAAAAUACUUUUGAGCCUGAUCAAUCAGAUCCACAUGCAAUAACUGAACAGCAACUCAUUGAACAACUUAAAAACGACAAUAUUGGAGAAUUGGCUGAAGAACAAUUCAUUUUAUCACCUGAUGAUCCUGGAAUUGUUGCUUAUGCGCUUUAUGAUUACCAAGCAGCAGCUGAUGAUGAAAUUUCUUUUGACCCUGGCGAUGUCAUAACUCACAUUGAAAUGAUUGAUGAAGGCUGGUGGAAAGGUUUACAUCAAACAUCUGUCACUUAUGGAUUAUUCCCAGCAAAUUAUGUUCAAUUAAAAGAGUAACACCAACUUGCUGAGUAGUAUUAACAUCAGUUGAAACAACUGAAAAUGCAAUGAGUUGUCGUCACUUUUGAUUAAAUUUUAAAUUGAAACCAUUUUUUAUAUUUUCUUAUUUCAAUUAUAAAUAAAUGUCAGCAGUUGUGAAAGAAAAUUAUUAAUAUUUUAAAGAUAGAUAAUUCAAAUGUAACAAUCGAAUUGAUUCUAAAUCUUUGUUUCUUAUCCACCUCAUUAAUCUUCCUUAAAAGAAUAAAUAAAUAAAUCAAAUUAAUCAAAUUAAAGUCAGAACUCGAGUUUUUCCCGCCUUGACUCACAUGCUGAUCUGUUUUUUCCUGAAAAUGAGAAGAUGAGCGAAACAUUGAGAAGAUCAAAUAA